UGCAAUAAUGAUUCGUUUGAACACUGGUAGACUGGUAGUCCAUGAGUCGUAGUAGGCUAGUAGCCUGUUAAUGCGUCGAUUUCUGUGAAAACCGCCGGUUUCCGCCCAAUUAUUGCGCAUCAUUUGAAAGGUAGAAAAAUGUGAAGCCCCCAAUCAUAAUUACAUCCUCAAACGUGAAGCCAUGAUGAAUGAUCGGAGGUGGAUAAAGUAUUACUCGUCGGCCGACGAUAUUCUCUUGGUCGGCGAAGGCGACUUCUCCUUUUCUCUCUCUUUGGGGAUGGCUUUUUCCAAUUCUUCCAAAAUUGUCGCAACUUCACUCGACACUUACGAAGAAUUACUCCAGAAAUACAAGAAUGCAUUGAAGAAUGUGGUGCAUUUGGGAACCCUUGGGGCUUUUGUGUUACACGGAGUGGAUGCAACCCGAAUGCUGACUCAUCCUCACCUCCAAUUCAAAAAAUUUCAUUACAUUGUUUAUAACUUUCCACAUGCUGGUUUUUUCCUCAGGGAAGAUAAUCCAGGCAUGCUGAAGAUGCAUAGGGAGCUUGUCCGUGGAUUCUUACUGAACGCGAGCUGCAUGCUGCAUUUUGAUGGCGAAAUACAUAUCAGGCACAAGUCGAAUGCAAUCUUUGACAGCUGGAAAAUCGAGGAUCUUGGACUGGAGUGCUCGUUGGUUUGCAUUGCGCAAGAUGAGUUCAGAAUAGAAGAGUUUCCAGGCUACAACAACAAAAGGGGGUCCAGUUCUAGAGCUGAUGAGCCGUUUCCACUCGGCCCUUGCAAGACCUACAGAUUCAGGCUGAUAUCUUCUUGGAAGUUUCAUUUGAUGCGUCCGAUGCAUCCAGUGCCUUCUUCUUUUGCAGCUCAGAUGUUUCCAAAUCCUCCUCCUCGACCUCUCGUCCCGCAACACCAGCCUCCGAUCACAACAGUUGAUGAUCAUGGAUACUGCACAUGUCGGGAUUGCAGGACAAGAAGAGACUCUUCAACAAAACAGCAUCAGAUGCAUCCUUCCGCAUCUCGGAUGUUUCCAAAUCAUCCUCCGAUCACAACAGUAGGUGAUCAUGGAGCUGCACAGCGAUACUAUGCAAGUGAGUGCUGCUGUGGAAGUUGGGACUGCAGGACAAGUAGAGAUUCUUCAACAAAACAGCAUCAGAUGCAUCCAGUGCCUCCUUUUACAUCUCAGGUGUUUCCAAAUCCUCCUCCUGUCAUCCUGCAAUGCCAGCCGCGGAUCACAACAGUUGAUGAUCAUGGAGCUGCACUGCGAUACUAUGCAAGUGAGUGCCUAUGUUGGGAUUGCAGGACAACUAGUAAUACUUCAACAAAACGUCGGCGCGCUUCUCGGCUAACUUAAGUUCCAUAGUCGAGGUUUAUAGAAUCAUAUCUGAUUAAAGCCGUUCGUGUAGCCGUUGAGUUAAAUAUUAUCUUUAUCUGCUUGUUCCUCAUGACUCACUUCCUUUGCCAUUUUCUCAGCACUGUGGGCUGUCUCUAAAAUAUACUCCUAGUGUUUUGUGCAAGGGAACAUGGUUGGGCCUUGUUGUCUUAUAAUCCACAACCAGACCUGCAAAUUUGGGUACCUGUUAUUUAAAAAGUUUGGUUAUCCAAACUCGAAAUCUCUAAAAUAUUCUACCUGAUACUGGAUAUGCAUGUGAAUUCGAUGUGGCGUAAA